AGGACUCCGAGGUAAAAUGGUGGAUCUAGAACAAGAUUUCCUUGACUGCAGCAGAGCAAACCAGGGAGUUUGGUUGCUCAAGGUACCAAACUACGUGAAGGAGGCUUGGGAGAGAGCCGGAGAAGACGGAAAUGUUGGCAUCAUUACGAUCAAGACAUUUAGACAGACAAAAAAGAAGCAAGAGAUUUCAUUUACUCUCAAUGCAGAGAUUGCAGGACCUGGUGGGGAGCACAGUACACCUAUACCACUGGAACACAGAUUGAGUGUCAAUCCGGCAGAUAGGCAACAAAUGUUUGCUUUCACAGAAAGAGAAGAAGUGACUGGAAUGUGUAUACAAGUGGCUUUGAAGUUUAAUUUUUUGUGUACUCGAUUUGCAGCUUCAGUAUCAAGUGAGACAGGAUUACCUGAAACGGAACCUCGUUUUGCUGUUGUUGGGAGAGUUGCACAAAGAGCUGACUGUAGGCCAGUAGAAAGUCGGUUGUACAUGAAUAUGAAGAGGCAACAUAUUGAAGCUUCUUCUCAACCCACUAAUACAGUACAACAGCUUGAAAGGGUGGUGAAUUCAUACAAGCCUGUUAUUGAUCACCCAGAGAAUAUUGCAUAUGACGAAGAGAAAAAAAGAAAAGGAAAGAGGGAUCGCAAAGACAAGGCUGAAGUUCAAGAUCUGCUGUUUAAGUGCUUUGAACUACAUCAGUACUGGGCCUUUACCGAUUUGGUGAAAAAGACAAAGCAACCACCAACAUUUCUUAAAGAGAUUUUGAACGAAAUCUGCCGUUACAAUACAAAGAACCCACAUAAGAACACAUGGGAAUUAAAAGAAGAAUAUCGCCAUUAUUCAAAAAACCAGUCUGGUUCAAGUGAUAUUUGAUAACGGUAAGGGUGAACAAAACAGACUAGUUAUACAAUGAAAUUGAUAUAGAAACUUAAGACUAUUUGUUCUGCUUCUGUUUUAUGAAUGAGAUGAGGAAUGUCUUGCAAGUGGUGGUAGUUGAUAAUUCUCAACUCCCUGCAGUCUUGCCA